GUUAGCGGCCGUUACCGCCCCGCUGAGGCGGCUCGGAGAGGCGAGGCUCAGCUCAGCGAGGCUCCCUCAGCUCCUCGGCCGGCAUGUUCGUCCCCUGCGAGGGCGGCGGCCCCGAGCUGCAGGGCUUCACGCUGCUCAUGCCAGCAGUGUCAGUGGGAAAUGUUGGUCAACUGGCAAUUGAUCUAGUGAUUUCCACGCUUCGCAUGACUAAAAUUGGUUACUUCUACACGGACUGCCUGGUGCCGAUGGUUGGCAAUAAUCCGUAUGCAACAUCAAAUGAAAAUUCGGUGGAGCUGAGUAUAAAUGCUGAAGUGUAUUCGUUACCUUCGAAGAAACUUGUAGUUCUGCAGAUCAGAUCGCCUUUCAUAAAGAACAAAUACAGGCCAUUCUGCCGAGCACUGCUUUCUUGGGUAGAAAGCAGCAAAUGUGCCAGAGUCAUUCUUUUGUCCAGCAGCCACGCAUACCAGCGCGAUGAUGAGCAACUUCUUGGAACACCACUGCGCUACCUGCUUACACCAGCUCUAGAGAAAGCAGUUGAAGGCCGUAUGCAGGAGCUAAAGUGGAAAGAAAUGGAAAAAAUAGCAGCUUAUCCUGGAAUAAAUGAUAGAGAAAAAGUUCUACAUAUUCCUGGAGGUGGCAUCACAAAACUACUGUUUACUGAGAGUUGUUCAAAAGGAAUCCAAAUGGCAGUUCUUCUGAAAUUCUGCUCGGAAGGGGACAAUAUCCCUGAUGCAUUUGCUCUUGUUAAUUAUCUUAAUGAAUGGCUCCAGCUAAUUAAAAGCAAAGGAAGCCAUUCCACAGAUAUUUCUCCAGAACAGGAAAUACCAGAUACUUCUUCACAAUGGAAAAUACCGAGUUCUUGGCGCUUACUUUUUGGCAACGGUCUUCCACCUGCACUCUUCUGAUCCAUUUUGAAUUCUUCUAAUUCUGUUUCACAAUGAAUUCAAGUCUCUUACUUGACACAUUUCAAGAAAAACAAAAUCGUACCAUCACAUCAAGUGGACCAUCCCUACAUUAAGGAUAUAAUCAAACAGAAAACUUGAACGACUAAUUCCAAACCUGCAAACUACUUGCAACUGAGGUCCAAACAUUUUUUUUAAAUUGGUAUUUACUAAAACAUGCAUGAUUUGUAUAGAAGUGUUCAUCUGAGAGUCAAACACUUUAAUUAAAUUCUAAGAAGUUCACUAUGCAUCAAGUAUUUUGACUGAUGUAUUUCCAAAAUGGGGAAAAAAACCCAACACAGUAACACUCUGAAUCAAAGUACAACAGCAUUUUGGAAGUGACACAGAAACAGCCAACAGCUUGCCAGAAACUGGAGGGAAGGAGGAGUAGGUUGUCAGAAGGCGUUUCCUUCAUUUUCACUCUUUCUUUAAGCAUUUCCUAAAAUAAAGGUCACUGGGAUUGACAGGUCUUCCAUUUUGGCCCACAUUUGUUCUUAUUUAACAUCCGAGUUGUGCACAACUGCUGUAAAGUUAAAUCCUACAGAAUAACGAAAUAUCACAAGGGCUCAGUUGGCAGUACAGAAAGCGAGCCUCCUGCAAGUUCAGUUUUUAAAGGAUUUUGUCCCAAGUCAGAUACUGAGGGAGCAGAAGAGUUUUACCCAAAUUAUUGCCUGGAAUACUCUACAAGAUCUAAUGCUUAAUUUCCUUCCUACUCCCAUGGCACAAUUCACUGGUCAAAACAAUUUUGUCUUAGACUUAUAUUAGUUAGUUUUUCUUAAAUUAAGAUCAAUUAGACUUUGAAGAGCCUUACAAGGAUGCAACCAAACUGAAUUUUUACCUAUCAACUGCUAAAUAUCCUAGUUCUACUUUAUUGCAUCAGGAAGGUGAAAGCCAGAUGAUCUAAGAAGGCUCCCUCAGGCCCUGCCUCACAUGCUCUCACCCAGAAAAGCAGAAUGCCUCCUCAGGAUUCAAAGAACAAAAAA